GACAAGCUUUUCACAUCUCUGCAACAGACAAGCUGCCUUACAGUCCCUAAAGAAACCUAUUCAGACACAAAUCCAGAUCUUUCAUUCCUGCUCUGCUCCGAGGAUGAACUAUCAGUCAAUGCGGAAGGGCAUUAGCUGCCCACCUCGAGAUGCCAAUUGCACCAGGAUACUGGAAUCUUUAAGCACCUGGAAUGAUUCUUCAGAAGUCAGUUCUUAUAAACUGGUGGAGCUGCCGCCAAUUGAGACAACGGAGCCCCCUAUCAAUGAUGUCCAUCAUGUAUAUCCUACAGCCGAUGUUCCAGACCAUGUUCAUUACACAAUUGGUGCUGUCAUACUCGCAGUAGGGAUUACAGGAGCCGUUGGAAACUUUCUGGUCAUCUAUGCUUUCUGCAGGAGCAGAAGCCUUCGAUCACCAGCCAAUAUGUUCAUUAUCAAUCUUGCAAUAAGUGAUUUUUUUAUGUCAGUAACACAAGCCCCGGUGUUUUUUGCAACUAGUCUUCAUAAAAGAUGGAUCUUUGGAGAAAAAGGUUGUGAGUUAUACGCUUUCUGCGGGGCACUUUUCGGAAUUACGUCUAUGAUUACAUUGAUGGUGAUUGCACUGGAUCGGUAUUUCGUAAUCACACGACCGCUUGCCUCCAUCGGAGUAAUGUCUAAGAAGAAAGCCGUGCUAAUCCUUUUAAGCGUGUGGCUGUAUUCUUUGGCGUGGAGCCUACCUCCCUUCUUUGGUUGGAGUGCGUACAUCCCUGAAGGUCUAAUGACGUCCUGUACUUGGGAUUACAUGACCUUCACUCCUUCUGUGAGAGCCUACACAAUGCUUCUGUUCUGUUUCGUCUUCUUCAUACCUCUAUUUAUUAUUAUAUAUUGCUACGUCUUCAUUUUCAAGGCCAUCAAAAACACCAACAGGGCUGUUCAGAAAAUUGGUUCUGACAACAAUAAGGAAUCUCAUAAGCAGUAUCAGAAAAUGCAAAAUGAAUGGAAAAUGGCAAAAAUUGCUCUUGUUGUCAUCCUUCUUUAUGUUGUUUCAUGGUCCCCCUACUCUACGGUAGCCCUGGUGGCUUUUGCUGGUUACUCAAGUUUCCUAACUCCAUAUAUGAACUCUGUUCCGGCUGUGAUUGCAAAGGCGUCUGCUAUUCACAAUCCUAUCAUCUAUGCCAUUACUCAUCCUAAAUACAGGAUGGCACUUGCAAAGUACAUCCCUUGUCUGGGUUCUUUGCUGAGAGUGAAACGCAAAGAUUCAAGGAGUUACAGCAGCUAUGCUUCAUCUCGACGUUCAACGGUUACAAGUCAUUGCAGCCAGUCUUCGGACGUCGGUGGCCAUCCUAAACUAAAGGGUCGUCUACCAUCAGUCUCCGACAGUGAAUCAGGCUGGACUGAUACUGAAGCUGAUAUCAGUAGUGUGAACUCCAGACCAGCCAGUAGGCAGGUGUCCUAUGAAAUGGGCAAAGACACCAGUGAGACCAAUGACAUAAUAUCCAAAGCUAAGUUGAAAAGUCAUGAUUCUGGAAUUUUUGAGAAGACCUCAAUGGAUGCUGAUGACAUUUCCCUGGUGGAGAUUGGUACAGCAGGCCGCAAUUCUCCAUUCACUACAGGUAAAACUUUAAAUGGCCUCGGGCCUAGAAGAGGAGAGACAUUUUCUAGAGCAGCAGCAUCAAGGAUACCAAGCAUCGUUGUGACGUACAGCAACCACCACGGAGGUCAAGCAGUGGUGGAACACAACUCGGCCUUGCCCUGUACGCUCAACAACCAAGAUCAGGAGAAAGAUACCAAAAAGCACAAGGAUACAACGAAGCCAGAUGUAUCUAUCGCAACGAUCUCCUCCGAAGUGAUACCUGAAAAUAGCUCAGAUAUCUUCCUAAAGCAAUUAUCUCAAGAGAAAACAUCUUGAAAUGGAAAGGAGGUUAAGUUAGCAUUUCAUUUCUAAUUUGUCUAUCUUUUAACUGUGAUCAUUCGUUCCAUUUCAGUGUUAAAAACACGGUAAACGUUUUAUAGAUGUCAUGAAAAUCUGCUGUAUUAUUCCUUGCGAAAUCAGCGUGACUGACAAAGCUGCACACCAUAAUGCCACGGAUAUUAAAAGCAAAUGACCGUAUAAUUUUAGUGCAAAUACUGACAGCUGUUUGCGAGGCACAGUUGUAAAAUGCAGUGAAUCGUGGAUCUAAAUAUUAAUUGUAUGUUUUGUUUAUUUUAAGCAUCAUAAGAUGGUUUCGAAGUAUUAAGUGGAAGCUCAACUGCAACACAGCAAGUUUUAAUUAAACCUUUGCCUUGCCAUUCAGUAUAACGGGAAAACGGGACUCUUCUCUACUGUAGAUACAGGCCGCCAUUUUGUAGAGGAAAUAGGCACCUUCAGUUAGGUUAAUAAAUGGUCUUAAAGAGUUGGCAGGAAAUAAAACGAGAUGAUACAAUAGAUUUCUAUUUAUUAAAUUGAGUUUCUUCAAAUAAUUUUUAAUGUAAUAUUAUUGGUAAUAACAAAGCACCGACGUGUUAUGUAGUAUUAAACGGGCCAGUUAACUUGAUAAAACUCUUGACUUAUUGAAGCAUCCACCUUACAAAGGACCAGUCACU